CGGUCCGUGGAAAACUCUGAAGAGUAAAGCAUUUGGGGUCCUACUACGUGCGUGCUGUCUUUUACUGCAUGGUCCUUGUACAACGUGAGAACCAUGCCGAAGUCUAAGAGGGAUAAGAAAAUAUCCUUAACAAAAACAGCCAAGAAGGGGCUGGAAUCUAAACAGAAUUUAAUUGAGGAGUGUCGGAAAUGUGUGGACAUAUACAAAAACGUUUUCAUCUUCUCCGUGGAGCACAUGAGGAACAACAAACUGAAAGACAUAAGGACAGCAUGGAAACAUAGUCGGUUCUUUUUUGGGAAGAACAAAGUAAUGAUGAUUGCUUUGGGCAGAGGACCAGCAGAUGAAUACAAGGACAACCUACACAAGGUCAGUAGAUUUCUGAAAGGUGAAGUUGGCGUCUUGUUCACAAAUAAAACAAAAGAGGAGGUGCAAGAAUAUUUCAACAACUUCAAAGAAAUAGACUACGCUCGGGCGGGAAACGUAGCACAGAUGGCCGUGACCCUCGAUGAGGGACCGCUGGAGCAGUUCCCUCACUCCAUGGAGCCCCAGCUCAGACAGUUAGGUCUGCCCACGGCCCUGAAGAAAGGUGUGGUCACUCUUAUUAAAGAGUUUGUGGUGUGCAAGGAGGGAGACUCUUUGACACCUGAACAGGCUCGGAUUUUGAAACUCUUUGCAAUUCAAAUGGCGGAAUUCAAACUGACGAUAAAGUGCAUGUGGAACUCCGAGACAGGGGACUUCAAGCUGCUUACAGAUGAGAGCAUACAAGACAAGGAGGAUGAGAGCGAGAGUAUGCAAGACAAGGAGGAUGAGGAAGAGAUUGAUGGAAGUGAAUAAGAAUUGACCCUCAAAUGGACUUUAAUGUGACAUUCAGCAGGACCUGCCCCCCAAACCAACCUUUUUUUUUUUUUCUCUUCUCUCUGCUGUUGUUUUUCAUCUAACAAAAUCCCUGGAGUUGUGGAAUCUCUGGACAUAUUUGUGUUGUGUAGUGUUUUUAAGAUUCCCACUCUUGUUUGAUUAUUAUGUGUAAAUGCCAGUGCCUAAACUGCAAAGGAUGUUUUGUAACCGUCACCGAUGCUAAAUACAUUCAAAAUGUAAUGUA